GUAACCUGACGCGGAGAAGCACUUGCAGUGGUUUUACGUGUCUAAUUUUUAGGUUAUCUUAGUCGUGGCGGCAGAAACAUUGUCUGGUGGCUCACUAGCGUUAGCCAGGUAACGUUGGUGCUACCAGACUUGGAGCUUCGUAAGGUAACCGGAGUGUUUGCCGUUGCUAGGCCGAUCUUGUUGUCUGAAGACACUUUGCAUUCGCCAAUGUUAUCUGACAGGUUUGCUUGGGAAACGUUUCCAACAUGAAGUAGGUUCUCAUGUGGGCAUUUCUGACACUGAAGUGUAACUGAAGCUGCACUUGGAUCACAGAGGGGAUAAAGUGCCAGGAAGUGGGCUGUCAGCCACUCCUCAACAUGUCCAAGAGCAAGAGCUCAGAGUCAGUCAAGGUGGUGGUCCGCUGCCGGCCUAUGAACGAGAAGGAACGGGCGGCCAAGUUUGAGAGGGUGGUAUCCGUUGAUGUCAAAUUGGGCCAAAUUAUUGUCAGGAACCCCAGGGAGGCCUCAGCCCAUGAGCACCCCAAAGUGUUCACAUUUGAUUCAGUCUAUGACUGGAACUCUAAACAAGUGGAUCUCUAUGACGAAACCUUCAGGCCCCUGGUGGAGUCAGUUCUUCUAGGGUUUAAUGGGACCAUCUUUGCCUAUGGGCAAACGGGCACAGGGAAGACCUACACCAUGGAAGGGGUGAGAAAUGACCCAGAACGGAGGGGGGUGAUCCCUAACUCAUUCGACCAUAUCUUCACACACAUUUCACGCUCCCAGAAUCAGCAGUAUCUAGUGAGAGCAUCAUAUCUAGAGAUCUACCAAGAGGAGAUCAGAGACUUGCUGUCCAAGGACCAGUCACGUCGCCUUGAGCUCAAAGAGAGGCCUGACACAGGAGUGUACGUCAAGGACCUCUCAUCAUUUGUCACUAAGAGUGUACGGGAGAUUGAACACGUCAUGACUGUGGGCAAUCAGAACCGGUCAGUCGGUGCCACCAACAUGAACGAACACAGCUCACGUUCUCACGCCAUCUUUGUCAUCACCAUUGAGUGCAGUGAGCUCGGCGUGGAUGGGGAGAAUCAUAUCAGAGUGGGCAAGCUGAACCUGGUUGAUUUGGCCGGCAGUGAGAGGCAAACCAAGACCGGCGCUCAGGGAGAGAGGCUCAAAGAAGCCACAAAGAUCAACCUGUCGCUCUCUGCUCUGGGGAAUGUCAUAUCAGCUCUGGUGGAUGGCAAGAGCACCCACAUCCCCUACCGAGACUCUAAACUCACCCGUCUGCUGCAAGACUCGCUUGGCGGCAAUGCGCGCACCGUCAUGGUUGCCAACAUUGGCCCAGCCUCCUACAACUUGGAGGAAACCCUGACCACGCUGCGUUACUCCAACCGGGCCAAGAACAUCAAGAACAAACCACGCAUCAAUGAGGACCCCAAAGACGCUCUGCUCAGGGAGUUUCAGGAGGAGAUCGCAAGGCUUAAGGAGCAGCUACAGAAGCGCUCAGGGAAGAAGAAGAGAAGGAGGCAGAGGAGGAGGGUCGGCGAAGGAGCAGACGAGGAGUCUCUGGAAGAGGGUGAGACAGAGGAUGAUGAGGAGGAAGGGGAUGACAAAGGGGAUUACUGGCGAGAGCAGCAGGAGAAGCUGGAGAGAGAGAGAAAGGCCAUCAUGGAGGAUCACAGUCUGGUGGCUGAGGAGAAACUCAGGUUGCUAAAAGAAAAGGAGAGGAAAAUGGAAGAUUUGAAGAGAGAGAGGGAGGCAGGAGAGAUGCUUGCUGCCAAGGUCAAGGCGAUGGAGAGCAAGCUCCUGGUGGGGGGAAAGAACAUUGUGGAUCACACCAAUGAGCAGCAGAGAAUCCUGGAGCAGAAGAGACAGGAAAUCGCUGAGCAGAAACGGCGAGAGCGUGAGAUGCAGCAGCAGGUGGAGUGUCGUGACGAGGAGACUCUGGAGCUGAAGGAGACCUACAGCUCUCUGCAGCAGGAGGUCGACAUCAAAACAAAGAAGCUGAAAAAGCUAUUUGCCAAGCUGCAGGCAGUGAAGUCAGAGAUACACGACGUCCAUGAGGCACACAUCAAGGAGCGUCAGGAGCUGGAACAGACCCAGAACGAGCUCACCAGGGAGCUCAAGCUCAAACAUCUGAUCAUUGAGAAUUUCAUUCCCCUGGAGGAGAAGAACAAGAUUAUCAACAGGGUCUUCAUUGAUGAGGAAGAUGACCACUGGAAAAUGAAGCCCAUCACGCGUAUAGAGGAUGACCAUCAGAUGAUGACCAGGCCGGUGUCAGCGGUGGGCUACAGGAGGCCUCUUAGUCACCACGCACGGAUGGCCAUUAUCAUGAGGCCUGACAUCAGAUACAAAGCUGAAAACAUCCUGAUGCUGGAGAUGGAUCUGCCGGCUCGAACUACUAAGGAGUAUGAGGAACCAGUCAUCGCCCCCAAGGUGGCCGCGGCUCUGGAGGACGCUCUAAGGGAUGAGGACGAGAUCCAGGUAGACGCCUCGGGUUUCCACAGCCUGGGACCGACCCCACCUGCCAGCGCCAGUGGCAGCCUCAAGAAACCAAAGCCCGGUCGACCGAGAACAGGCAAGAAGUCGAGCACCCCGACCUCUCCAUUCAGCCCAUCCAGUCCAGGAUCCCCUCUUUACCCACAGUCCCGUGGCCUGGUGCCCAAAUGACAGCCCCGUACCACUACUAUACUCAUUUGCACCUUUACACUUUGGGACCCGAAACUUUGAGAGAAUGGGUUUUGUUGGGGAUUUGUAUUUGUUGUUGUUUUAAAGUCAAGACAUCAGUUUUCUACCGACUGCAAGUGAGAAAAUUCUUAGAAUCAUGCUGCUUUAUAGUUUUUAUCUACAUUUUAACCACAAGACCAUUAACUGUUAUUAGCCUUUUUUGGGGGAUGGGUGGGGGGUUGAACCAGUCAUGCUUACCCUGAGUUAGUACACUAUGAUGAUGUCCAGUUCGCACGAACACUCAAGUCACGACACUCUAACACUGAUUUUACCUUUCCCUGCACUUGGCUUGAAUGCCAACAGUCUUAUGAUCUAUACUUCACAAUGUUCUUAAUGUACAGAAAAAAAUGAAGGUGGGCUUUGAACCCCCCUUUGAUGAACUGCAGUAUCUACAAUGCACUUCUUCCUCAUAUCUUCCCAGAUCCGUGUGACAUGCUGGAGUUUGUAGUCCUCUCUGUUAAGUGUGGACGUACUGUAGGGGGAGAUAAAGACACCUGGACUAGGCAGCUCUGCUGUACUUGUCUUGUAAGGCUGUGUGUUUGUAAGUGUUCAUCUGUGUGGUUCUGUAGGUCUGGCCAUGUAUAUGUAUGUAUGUAUGUGUGUGUGUGUGUGUGUGUCUAAGUUUGCGUCUCCUGACAUUUUUAGGUUUACAUGAUACUGCGCUGUUAUAUUUGUUUUUUCUGUGGUUGGACAUUUGUAAAUGGUAGAGCAGUGCUUUAAGUUUUUAUGUGUGUGUGAGUGUGUGUGUGUGUGUGUGUUUUUCGUCUUUGACAACUGAAUCUAUGUGGUCAUAAGCAUACAGGCCAGAAAGCGAAGCACACUACAGACUUAGCCUCUGUCACGAGUUGCUGUAAUCAGUAGAUGCUGUUCUUCCUGGGGCGCACAAGAUGGAGGUGGGGAACUAUGGGAGAGAGCUCAACACUUACACACAAACACCCACGAAGGAUACACUGCGGGUCGCACGUAUCGCAGGUUGGCCACCAGAUCUCUUAGCGGUAUGUUUAAAAUCCACUGCGAUGUUAACUGAGCUGUCGCAUGCCUCAGAUUCAUCAGGGUUCCAAGGUGCCUUAUCCGUGUCCUUAAUCUCUGCUGCUUUCUUCAAAGUGUGUACUUAAGUUUGUCUCAACCGAGAUAUCGCUGCGUUUAUUCAUUCCUGCAGCGGCACAGUCCCAGCAUUUCAGUCCAAAUUAAGUACACAUCUUAGAUGGAGAGGCAGAGCUUUUGGACACUGCAACCAACUUACCCCCAGGCAUCUGGGGGAAGGGCCACAGGAAGGGAAGGCAAGUGGAGCAGAGGUGGAAACAUAUUCCCCCUUCCAUAUUUACCUCAUCAACCUUUUUACCAGUCUGAGUGGUCCUUGGAAUGAACUGAUCGGUCUAACAGUGUCCACACUAAAUCCUGAUGCAGUGCAAAACUCUUACAUACCGGGGUGCCAUAAAGCUCAGUCAAAUCCUACAGACUAUAAAGCAUAUAACACACAAACCAUUACAUUUGUAUGCCUCCAGGUGGACAAUAUGCAGUUGUAAUCUCCAUUGUUCAGACUGCAUGUCUCUGGUGCUCUCUGUUCCCCACACUUCUCAAACUGUGAGGGGUGUGCUGCCCGCUUGCUGCUACUGUGUAGGGUUCCUCAGCCCACUGUGACAUUGCAUCAGGCCUGGGACAAAUGGCAGAUGAAAUCCUUAGAAACACUGACACUGUGCGCAGUUGAUCUCGUCUGUUGCAUAAGAGCCAUCAGAGCAUCAGUUUAAGUGGCCCUAAUAGAAGAGCAGAAACCUUGAAAGUACUUUGAAAAAACAAACAAAAAAAAGGAUUUCAAAAGCUGUUUUACCCACGCCUGCAUACCUUAUGUAUUUAUAUAUGUAACAAUAAAUAUAGACUUGUUGAUAGGCAAUCCUCAGUCACUUUUGCAGAUGUAAAAAAAAUAGUAAAUGGGUUUCCAUAUUGAAAAAAAAAUCUAACUUAUUACCAUCUUUUUCAUUUUUUAUAAACAGAUGUAGAUAAAUUUUUUAUUCAGUUUGUUUUUCUUUAAAAUAGACUAUUGUUUUAUUUUUGGAGCUCUGUAAUUUAAAGUUAUGUGCAAAUUUUUAUUUUUUGCAUCACGUCUUUUUUUUUUUUCCACAAGGUACAGAUUUUAUUUUAUUUUUUUUGUUUGUUUGUGCACACUUAAAAUGGCUUUAGAAAGACCUCCACUUGACUAACAUGUCGCAAGAUGACAGUUUGGCUCAACUGUUGCGCAGUGUUGUUUGGGAAAGUGGAGGCUGUGCUUAUUUAAAAAAAAAAAAAAGAGAGAGAGAGAGAGAAGUGUGACAUUUAUCCAUGUCAGAGUCGAGUAUUUGAACGUGUCCUGUACAUUUA